GUACCUCCCCCCCUAUUUGGGGAUAGGCCGAAAUUAGGGUUAGGGAUUUGCAGAUCUGAGAAUUAGGGUUUAUUUUUUGUUUAUCACUGAAGUAGUGAGGGCCCUGUUAGUGUAGAAGAAGGUAAUUUUGAGCUGCCAAUGCAAUUUGAAUUGAAAUCGGGAAAAAAUUCGGUUAAUUUUGGACACCGGAAAAGCUAAUUUAUAAGCAUAUCAAUGUCUUGGGCAAGUCCAGAAGAUAUUUAUCUCUCUACUUCUCUUGCUAGCUAUCUUGAUAAGAAACUUCUAGUGUUGCUGCGAGAUGGGCGGAAGCUUUUGGGGACGCUUCGUUCUUUUGACCAAUUUGCUAAUGCUGUUCUAGAAGGUGCGUGUGAGCGUGUUAUUGUUGGUGAAAUCUACUGUGAUAUUCCAUUAGGUCUUUAUAUUAUACGAGGGGAAAAUGUCGUGUUAAUUGGCGAGUUGGAUGUAGAUAAGGAGGAACUUCCACCCCACAUGACUCGUGUCCCAGAAGCUGAGAUAAGAAGGGCCCAAAAAGCAGAAAGGGAGGCUACAGAUCUUAAAGGUACAAUGAGAAAGAGGAUGGAAUUCCUUGAUAUGGAUUGAAGUUUCUUGAUCAUAUCAGGUUCAGCUUGGAUUCAUGCCAUGCCUCUGCAAAUAUUAUCGCGGUUGCUUGGUGGUGGCAAAAAGUAACUACGACCUGGUUUCUCUUUCCUCACUGGCUGUACCCUGUAUCUGUAAGUGUUCAUUGUAACAUCUACAGUACAUGAUUGUUGCUGGGUCGGGAAUAGAGUUGUUAUUAUCUUCUUCUUAUGUUUCCUCUGUUAAAUGUUUCGAGUAUGGUUGGUCCGCUCAUCUUCCUGGUAGUACGGGUACUUGACCUGUUGAUGGUAUGGAGAACGCUAGACUACAAACGUUGGUAAAAGUGAUCUAAGGUUCUUCCACUUUUAACUUAUUUUAGUAUUGAAGAAUGUAACUUCUAUGGUUAAUUGUAUAGACUGAAAUCAGGAUUCUGAAUUUUAUCCCGUUAAAAAGACAGUUCACUUUGUUUAUAUUUUGUGUGUCGAUUGUUAAUGCGCUCCUUCGAAACUAGGGGCAAGGCUACACACUAUCCUCCCCAGACCCCACCCGUAGGAUUACAUUUGGUAUGUAGUUGAAGUUGUUGUAAUUGGUGAUGUGAUCUUUUGAAAACUAUUUUACCUA